AUGUCCUCGACGGCAACUGCAACCAGAUCGAAGCAUGAUAACCCUGAGCCAGGUCGUUGCAGCUUUUUCCUCGGUGGACGAAAAGCUAGAUUCUGCAGAUCUUUGGCAGUUUCCGGCAAACGAUUCUGCGGAAACCAUUUGCAUGUUUGCGACCCUAGUGCAGCAAUUGCUGCGCCACAGCGCGUCCCCUGUCCCUUGGAUCCAAACCACACGGUCCUCCUCUCCGAGCUGGAACUCCACGUCACCAAACGGUGCACUGCCCUCGCGUUGGCGAUUCAUGACCGGGCGCAACCUCACUUCCUGGAGGACGUCAACGCGGGUAGCGAUAUAGACCCGGACCUUCCACCACCACUACCACCACCACCACCACCACCACCGUUGGCCUCCACGACGGCGGCGGCGGCGGCGGGCGUCACAGCCGCCGCCGUCGCUGCUGCCGCGAGGGGUCGAGCGGCGCAGCGGUCGGCGCUGGCCCGGAGCCUGGGGGAGGAGGCGUUCAUGUCGCUGCUGGCGAGGCCCCCGCUCCCCCCGACGGGGGUGGGGAUGGGGGUGAGGGUGAUGCGGCCGUCGGAGUGCGAGGGGAUGCUGUCAGCGCCCUCGCAGUACAGACCCUUUGACCUCAAGCACGGCCUCCAACAGGCGUCAAUUAUCGGUGCGUGUGGUGGUGCCGGUGUUGCGGUUGUGGAGAUGGGGGCGGGUAAGGGCUACCUGGGGGCGACCCUGGCGGAGUGCUGCGGGGUGCGGCGCCUGGUGGUGACGGACGUCAAGUCGGCGUUUAAACACAAGCCAGGUAAUGAGGACGUGCUCGUCCCGGCGCAACACACGACGGUGGCGGCGGAAGGCAAAACGCCGGGUGGGACGGUUGUCUCCCUCCCUGUCGAUGAGGAGGCGGAGGCGGAGGCGGUGACGGCGGCGGCGGCAGAAUCCGCCCCCUUCGACCCCGUCUUCAGAAUUCCUCGGGCCGUACGCAUGGCAUUGGGCCAGAAAUGCAAACAGUUGAUCGAUGCCGGGCGGUUGGAAUGGCUGCAACGGCGGUUUCGGAGAGCAGAGAUGGUGUCGUACAUUGGCCCGGAGGUUACGGGUGAGAACCGGUUGCUGUUGGCUGUACAUCCGGUAGAUGUACGGCAGGAUGGUGGUGCCGGCGAAAUCGACGUCGGUGAUGGCGAUGAAGUUUCAUCAUCAUCAUCAUCACAUCACCACAUUCAUCGACUACAUCACCACAUCUAA